CAUUAGCUCAAGACUGUUUUGUCAGUUGAGAGUAAACAGAAUUAUUGUAGUGGAACUUGUAUUGUAAAUGCAGAAAUAUGUAGGAAAUGUAAAAGUGGGUAAGGGGUUUCCUAGUUACAGAUGAUAAAAAAUUGUCUUGACGUUGCCUUCCUAUUUUAUAGAAGGUGUUUGUGGUUUUUUACUGAUUUAAACUGUCUAACCCAGGUAUACAUUGCAGGGAUUACCUGUAAUUCUCUUGAUAGUGUUCAGAUUUACAACAUGGGAACCCCUCUAUAUUUAUGCAUUUAUGUUCUGGUUUACAACAGGCCAAUUUUACACCUUAUUCUUUUUCUGUAAGAAGCAUUUGUUAACUUGGGGUGUAAUGAGGUCUUCAUGAUGUUUUAAAUUACUCUGAAAAACAAACAUAGAGAAUUAUAAGAACUGUCAUUAAACAUAAUUUUUGUUUUAUAGGUUAUUCAGCAAUAGUUAUGAACUCCCGUUUACGAGCCUUAGGUGGGAGGAUAAAUAACAUACGAGCAUCAGAGCUACCAAAAGAGAAAACCCGAUCAGAAAUAAUCUGUAACGUCCACUUUUUGGAUGGCUCAGUACAAAGCUUCAAAGUCAACAAACAAGACACUGGACAGAUUUUGUUGGAUAUGACCUAUAACCAGCUGGGUGUGACAGAGAAGGAAUAUUUUGGUUUACAGCAAAAUGAGACUUCAGUAGAUUCACCUUUUUUCAUUUCACAGCGGUGGCUUGAACCAAGCAAACCUAUUAGAAAACAGUUAAAAGGAGGUUUUCCCUGCACGCUUCAUUUUCGUGUAAGGUUUUUUAUACCUGAUCCUAACACACUUCAGCAAGAACAAACCAGGCAUUUAUUCUUUCUGCAGUUGAAGAUUGAUAUUGCAGAAGGAAGGUUGUCAUGCCCCAUUAGUUCUGCUGUUGUAUUGGCAUCAUAUGCAGUACAAUCACAACUUGGAGACUAUAAUGCUUCAGUGCAUUGCUCAGGAUAUCUUUCAAAUUACAACUUUAUACCGGAGCAGAACAAAGAUUUUCUUACCAAAGUAGAAACGCUACAUGAGCAACACAGUGGCCUCAAGCAAUCUGAAGCAGAGUCCUGCUAUAUAAAUAUAGCAAGAACACUUGAAUUCUAUGGAGUGGAAUUGCACAGUGGUAGAGAUCUCCAUAAUCUAGAUCUCAUGAUUGGGAUUGCAUCUGGUGGAAUUGCUGUAUAUAGAAAACUCAUCUGUACAAGCUUCUAUCCCUGGGUGAACAUAUUAAAAAUUUCCUUUAAAAGGAAAAAAUUUUUUAUACAACAACGGCAAAAACAUAAUGAAUCCAGAGAACAUAUUGUUGCCUUCAACAUGUUAAAUUACAGAGCAUGCAAAAAUCUUUGGAAAUCUUGUGUAGAGCAUCACACAUUUUUUCAGGGAAAGAAGUCACUACCUCAUGAAAAAAAGAUAUUAUCACAUUAUUGGACUCUGGGUUCUAGAAAUCCAGCAAAGUCUGUAAACAACCAGUACUGCAGAAAGGUGAUAGGUGGGAUGGUUUGGAACCCAUCUAUGAGACGAUCCUUAUCAGUUGAGCACCUAGAGACCAAAAGCCUUCCUUCUCGAUCACCUCCUGUUACCCCCAAUUGGCGGAGUCCUAGACUACGUCACGAAAUCCGCAAACCACGACACUCAUCUGUAGAUAACCUUACAAACGAGAUUAGUUAUAUUACUGAAACGGAGGAUGUUUUUUACACAUAUAAGGGCUCUCCAACAUCAAAGGACAGUGAUUCAGAGUUCUCUCAGAACCGUAGUCCACAGAGGAGGUCAUCUGAACAAGAAUCACCAAAGAAUGUAUUGGGAAACAGUCCAACACGGAGCUCUCUGACCCAUCUCUCACCUAAAGCCUUGGCUCGGUCUCCCAAUGGAGUUGGCAACAUUUCUGGCUCUUACCCAUUGGAAGGGGUGGAUAAGCAGUUCCUAGAAACAUAUGAUGACCUUACAAAAAGCAGCUCGAUGGAAGAUUCCAGUCAGUACUACUGCGAUAAGAAUGACCUAAUAGAGGGAGAUUUACUUUUGGUGCGUAUCAUACCAGAUGAAGAAGGGAAGUUUGGAUUUAAUCUAAAGGGUGGAGUAGAUCAGAAAAUGCCACUGCUGGUAUCAAGAAUAACUCCAGGAUCACCUGCUGAUAAAUGCAUUCCAAAGCUGAAUGAAGGCGAUCAGAUAGUAUUAAUUAAUGGCCGAGAUAUCUCAGAGCACACGCAUGACCAGGUGGUCAUGUUCAUAAAAGCCAGCAGAGAAUCUCACACAAGAGAGCUUGCACUUUUGGUCAGGAGGAAAGUAGUUAAACAGUUUGUGGAGCCCAUAUCCGAAGAUGAAGCUGAUUCCCUCACUCUGCCAGAAUCUAUUCUUCCUGUCUGUUCUGAAUAUGGCGGUGAUACACUGGAGGAGUCUAUGGAGCAGCUAAGAAGAGGGUUAGAAAGUGGAACAGUCCUUAUUCAGUUUGAGCAACUUUAUAGAAGGAAACCAGGAUUGGCUGUUACAUGUGCAAAGGUACCUCAGAAUAUGGACAAGAAUAGAUACAAAGAUGUUCUACCUUAUGAUGCCACAAGGAUAAUAUUGCAAGGAGAUGAAGAUUACAUUAAUGCAAAUUAUGUGAAUAUGGAAAUUCCUUCUGCUGGCAUUGUGAACCGGUACAUUGCUACUCAGGGGCCUCUUCCACACACGUGUGCACACUUCUGGCAAGUAGUCUGGGAUCACAAAUUAUCACUGAUCAUCAUGCUAACAACACUUACUGAACGAGGACGGACCAAAUGUCACCAGUAUUGGCCUGAUCCACCAGAUGUGAUGGAAUAUGGCUGCUUCCGUGUCAGGUGCCACUCUGAAGACUGCACAAUUGCUUACGUUGUCAGAGAAAUGGUCAUUACAAACAUUGAGACAGAACAACAGCACACUGUCACCCAUCUCCAGUACGUAGCUUGGCCUGAUCAUGGCGUUCCUGAUGACUCCAUGGACUUCUUGGAGUUUGUGACCUGUAUGAGACCAAAGAGAGUAAAGAAUGAGCCAGUUCUUGUUCACUGCAGCGCAGGAAUCGGUCGCACUGGUGUGUUGGUCACUAUGGAAACAGCCAUGUGCUUAAUUGAAAGGAACCAACCUGUUUAUCCACUGGAUAUUGUACGGAAAAUGAGAGACCAGAGAGCUAUGAUGGUGCAAACAUCAAGUCAAUACAAAUUUGUUUGUGAAGCUAUUCUUCGUGUUUACAAAGAAGGAUUGGUUCGACCACUGGAUUCCAGUUAGCACAGCAGUGAAGGAUUAUUUUUUUUUUUUUGCCUAAAAAACCUGCUCUUUAAGCAAAGCAAGGGCUUCUUUUUGAAAGCAACUAGAAUGGACUAGAAGCCCAUGAAAAGACAGAUGAGCACAUUUGAACUGUGGCACUUUAAAUUUUGCAAGAAGAUUGCUAAAUCAUGUACAGUAUAACAAAGUCACAUAGAUAAAUAUAUGACAGCAAUUGUGUGUAAUAUGCUUUAUUCACAUAGACAACCAUAAACAAUCAUGGAAACCUUAACAUAUAUCUUUUACUGCCUUAAAACACCCUUUACUUUGGAAGUUACAAAGUUCCUUGUGUUUCCUUUAAAAUAGCAAAAGGAAAACUAUUAUUGAAAUUAUUCAUCUUAAGAAGGUAUAUUUGUAUCAUAUGAAAGUUCAUUGAAGGUGAAUAUUUGUAGCUUCCUUUUUAGGAUACUAAAUAUCCAUGGAACUGUAAUCUUGACUAAAAGGCUGACAAAGAGCUUUAAAGGCUAAUGCAUAACUACUGUACACUGAGCUGGAGAAAUUUAGUAUUCAGUUACCAUAAAUCUAUUAGUGAGUAUGCCAGCUGUUAUAAUAUGCUGCUUAGAAAUCACAUCUACUGUAUGUGAUGUGAAAAUAAUGCUGCAUUUAGGCAUUUAUGCAGAUGGUACAGUCUACAUCUUCUGUUGAUGAAUUUUAGUUGCAACUUGCCCUUUUGACAGUGACCUACUUUUUACAGUUUUAGUUAUUGCACCCCUUUUCUUCUGUUUCUGUUACCCAUCUCCUUUAUACUUUUCACUGCUGUUUCUAUAUGUGGACUGAAAACACUUUAACUUAAAAUUAGGUUUUUCUCUGUCACGUUUGUUUCCAUGUGUAUUUAUGAGUUCUCAGAUGUAAAUGUGGAUUAAUGUUGCACACAAGUACUAGACUUUUGACUUACUGUAUAUGCAAAGUAGUCUAAUCCAAUACUGGAAGAAAAAUUACUACUGAACCCAUCAAAUAUGUUGCUGCUAUUUCAAGGUGUGAAGCUUACAAGGGCACAGGUGUUGCUAGUGUUCAGAUGCUGAUAAAAUGUUGACUUGCUGCCCUCCAGCAAAGCGCUCUCAUCCAGCGAAACAUGACUCCCUUUUGCAAGAGUUCUCCAGAUUUACAGUUUCUUAUACAGAAACACAGUUAAAUUUACCUGAAGAUUUACAUGGAAAGAGAGAAUGAAUUUGUACAUUGAUGAAAAAUUCACCCUAAGGUACACUGGUCUCUAUUUCAUUUCAGAUGGGAGAAUUGGACUUUCUGAACAGUAUAACCACAUUUGUAUAAUGUUAAAUUAUUUUGUGUGUGCUUUUUGAUUACCCUGAGAUAGUUAUUAAUUUUUAAUAGUGUUUAAAAAUAUUCUAAGGGACUGUUUAAAACUCUGUUAUUUAAAAAAUUAGUGCUAAAUAAGGAAAAAUUUUUAUGGGGCAUAUUAGUCAGAUGUUUAUAUGUAUAAAAGAGAAAAUUAGAUAAUUUUUUUUCAGAGAGGUAUAUAUGCACACACAUAUUCAGAUGUAUUUUAGAAUUAUGGUUUGUAUAUGGAUAUUAUCAUUUAUAACUGGAGUUUCAUUAUAGAAACUAUCACAGCUGUACAAUAUGCAUCUCUCAUGUUACUGGAAGACUAUGUUUUUUUUCCCCCAGGAGGUAACUAGGAAGUGUAUGUAGGAUGAGCUAAAUUGCUGACUUACUUGUCUUUUGUAGGUUUCAUCCUCUCUCCAAGAUUACAUUUUUAGCUAUUGCUGAAGAUAUCUGGUUACUGUUUAUUGAUCAAAAGAGUUUUAAUUGAGAUGUGCAGAGUAGUUGGCAACAUGGAAACCUACUUUGUUAGGUUGAAUGGUGAAUAGGUGUGUGCUCAUGUUUACAUAGUGCAUUCCAAAUUUCCCUUCGACUGGAGUUUUCUGUAAUAUGUUGGAUCAUUGUCAUCUUGCUUGAUUGGGCAUAGGUUAAAAAACAAAGGACCGGUUCACUCUUAACUUGCUAAAUUGUAUCAGGUAGCUCAAUCAGUCUGUGAAUCCAAAUGCAAAAUGAUAAUAGACAUCCACAUAUUACUUGGGAAGCUUUGUUAUUGUGUGCCUGUCUGUUAAAACAUACAUUUUUUUUCCCCGAGUUUUCCUGUGCCCAGGUCUCAGAGUCAUCCCUUGCAGAUGGCAUGACUUGCAUUUAAUAGUUUGUCAAGAAGUGAAAAAAGGCAAGAAAAUAAAUUGUAAGAAAAUAUUUAGAGCAUCUUUCUGACAUCCGUGUCUUUCAUGGAAGAACUAGAAGUUUCUUUGUGUUCAAGGUUAUUCCUAUAAUCCAAUUGCUAUUUAUGUUUCUUCAUGUUUAAUAUGUACUUACCAAAGCACUGUAAAUGUGUUUCUCGUAUAACUUCAGUCUCAAGAUACAUGGUAUAGGCUUGACUUGUGUUAGUUAGUGUGCAUUUAAUGUAUGACUGUCGUAUUGUGACAACAAAUGCUGCUCUUGUUUUGGUAAACUUGGAUGGGUUUGGUAAUACCAUUGGGGACUACCAUCUUGGAUUUUUAUUACUUGCUUGAAAUUGCUGGCCACAGAGAUAAUACUCAAAGCUAUAUAAAUAGUAAUAUCUAUACUUUUUUUUUCAUUUUUUUAAUACCUUAGAGGAAAUAUUAACUACACAAGUAUAUUGUAUAUUGUGUCCAUCUUUAUUUCAGUCUUGCUGAGUUUUGCACAUGUACCUGUAGGGUGCAUAGGGGAGAAUUGAAGGGGCUUUGUCUUCUUUCUGUAGUGUGUGAUGACUUUGCACUGAAUGAAGUAUGCCUUAGAUCUGAUCUUGCAAUGAAAGCAUAAUUAUGAAAACAUCUUACCACCAGCUUUUGUUUUCACAAAAAUUAAGAAAUCACAAAGAUAUAGAUUUAAUUGAUUGGUUUGGGGGGAUUUUGGUGGGAGUUAAAACUCAUGAGCAUGAAGUUUUUAAUUGUCAAGCAGUUAGCAAAUGGUAGAAAGUGCUGUGAAGAAAAGAUUCUGUAUAACCUUCAUAAACAUUUUACCCUUGAUUUCUCCUGUGCUGGUAUGGUCGUGAAAAUAAGUAUUCAAAAUGUCUGGUGUGGUGGUGGAUGAAGAGGGAGCAAUAAAACCCUUGACGUUUUCAUCACUGUGAAAUACACUAACAUUUAUUUACAGAAUUAAACAAAUUUAAACUUAGUGGCUUUAUAUUUGAUGUGGAAGUAAUUAAAAUGCCUAUUCAGCAUGUAUUCAGAAAUCUCACAGGGUAACACUUCUGAGACAGAAGUAAAAGGGACCGUCUUGCUAUUUGUUAAAAAUAAGAAAAACAGUGCCCUAAACCAUGAAUGCCUUUUGUGUAACCAGAUGUAUGAAAUACAAGUCAUUAAAAUACAACCAAACAUUGAAUAGUGGUGGUGUUUUGCAAAAAAAAAAAAAAAAAAAAAAAAAAAAAAAAUUUAAUCUAGGGGUUUGCUUUUAAUGAUCCUGUGUUUUAGGUGUUGAUACUAAAUUAUAUCCAGUCAGAAUGUAACCACGAAUUCAGCAAUAAGCCUUCAUAUGGACUCAGUUUUUAAACUGUUAUUUUCCCCCUCAUAUUUCCUACUAUGCAGUACUUGGUUAAAUAUAUGUGUAUUUUAAAAGAACUCUAGUUCUGAACUAUAUAAUGACCUUUACAUUGGCUUUAUUAAAGUCUAGUAUGAUACAUUUUACAAAAAAGCUCUUCCCUGUAGACAGUAUUCUUUUGUCAGACUAAAUGCAUAAAUGUUAAAAAUAGAUGCACACGGUUCAUAUUCAGUCAAUUAUAAUUUAAACAUAGUUAUUUCACUUAUAAUGGCUUUAUUUUUCUAUCCUGAAAUGAAGCAUUUAAGUGCAAGUUUAUUUGAUUCUUUCAGCCUUUCAAGAAAACAUGUGCUUGGAAAUGUUUGUAUUUUGAUUAGUAACCUGCAACCAGUCUACUUGGUUAAAAACCUUUCUUAACUGAAGCUAUCUAGAAGGUAAAGUUUUCAUUAAAUAUUUUGUUCAAAGGCCAAGUGAAUGAUUAAUUCAUUAUAUAAAACAAUGUUUUGAUAAAAUAAGUACCACAUAACAUCAAUGGAUUUAACCAUUUUUCAGCUCAGAUUAACUUUGUGAUAGUAGCAUUCUUACUACUCAUAUAAAGAGCAAAUGUUGAAUAUCAAUAAUAUUAUAGGAAAAAACAAAUUAUAAGGACUGUAAGAGACCAGGAAAUAUUGGUAUCCUAUUUUUUUUUUUAAACAAAUUCAUCUCAAGAGGAGACAUUUGCUUGCAAACUACUUGGAUAAAAGUAGUCUUAGUUUGUGCUUUAUUUUGGGUUUAGCUGCUGGUUAACCUUGAAUUAAAGUUGUAUUUAAAAUAUUAAAGUGUUUAUUUUUAUAGACAUUAGUGAAACACUUCAGUUUACUGUUAAUUGUUUGACUUCUAUUUACUUGACUUAUAUGAUUUUGUUUCUUGAAAUGUCAUUGUUUUGCCUUAUAAAAUCACUUUGAGGUUUCCUACAAGUGUGAAACUGGCUUUGUCUCAGACAGGUAAAAGUGAUGUCACUGUUGCUUAAGAAAGGAUGUUUUUUUUCACCUGCUAAAGGGGCAGUGUGGUGUUCAGACCAGUCUCAAACUGAUCCCUUUUCUAAACAGUGCUGCUAGCAGUGGUAGAAAUCAUAAAGAUAUAUGGAAAAGCAUGUAAGAAAUUGUUUCCUCAUGGCAAAUAAGACCUGGGUUCAACUUAAAUAUAAAAAGAAAAAAAAUCAGACAUUGUGAACAUGAAAAUGCUUUUAACAUAUAAAGUAGGGGUGGAAAAGAUAUUUUUUUUUUUUUUUUUACUCUUUUUCCUUAAAAACACUUCUGUGUUUUAAACGCAUCCUUCCUCUUGGAACAAUUUCUUUAGUAAAGAGCUAUACUGUUGGCCAUGGGAUUUAAUUUUUGUCAAACCCACCAAGAAAAUAAUUUUAAGUGGAACAUUUUCCUCAUCUACUGGUUUGUGCUCUUCAGUAACAUUAAAAAACUUCUUAAAUAUUUUCCUCUUGAAAACUAUAUUGUCUGUUUUCGUUUGAUGUAUUUUUCUGAGACAUGAAUGAAACCUGCAUUUGGCUGGAUAACUGUUGAGGUUGCUCUGCAUGCUUAAGAGGAAUAAGAUGCUUUGUUAGGGCUAUUAAACCCCUUACCUAACAUCAGAUACCAACUUAAGCCAGAGUAGCAUCAUAUUUCUAUCAGCCUUUUGCAGAAUAAAACAUUUUGUAAAUAGUCUUUGGAGCUUGCUCUCCCAAGCAUCAGGAAGUAGUCUUGUACCAAGCUAGAAUUUAAGCUUUAAAAUAAAACAAAAAUCUAAAAUCUAAAUCUUCAAGUAAGGAAUGGCUAUUUACCAAAUUCUGUACAAAACAUACCUUUUAAAAGGAAAAAAAAAAUUAGUUUUUCUUACAAGAUGCAAAGGUUAACUGCUAGAAGUGCCUUCUCAGUUGUGGGUGCAGCUUACCUAGUCAUAAAGCAAAUUUGCUCUCAGCUAGUGUGCAGUUAUGGCCACUGAAGCACAGAAAGUGCAUCAUCAGGCCAAACACCUCAUUAUUUGUCAACUUUCUUGCACAUGGUUGGUUGCAAUCCUGAUUCAGGAAGUAAGGAAAAAGGGCUGCCUUCCUUUGGGAAAGGGACUGAAAUAUCCUGCACAGUAAAUCCACAGCCUAUAUUGAUCUAUCUUAGUGUAGUUGUACUUGUAUAAUGUAACCUAAGCAGUCUAGUUGAAAGUGAAAUCAGGUGUAUCUGUAUGGGUUUUCAAGGAUAUCAAAACACUCCAUCCCAAAAAAAACUAAAAAGCUCAGCCCAGCAGUGUUAAUUGCAGUGGGCUUCAUUUGCUUCAGUUAAGCAGCAGGUGAGCAUGGCAGCACUUGGAUUAGUCCUGAUCAGUGCCCUUCUAAUUCAGAGCUUUGCAUACAUGAUUGAAAACUUGGGGUUUAGCAGGAACUGAAUUAGUGUCUGGGGUUUAGAAGGAAGUGAAUUAGGAGAAAUUAGGUGGGGAAUUAGUGUAUGUGCUCAAAUGUAAAUCUGUUUCUAAUCCAGGUUUUGCAAAAUAAAAGAUGAGUAUCAGUGCUGACAUUCCAGGAACCUGUGCAGUGAGCACUAAACAUAAUUUAUUUAGGUUUUCACACUUCAUUGUGUAACCUUAAUAGAGAAAUAUAAGGUACAUAUUGGGGACAGCCCUAUAAAAGCUUUAAAAAUCUGCCUGCCAUUUAUUCUCACAAAUGAUGCACUGGUUAAACCUGACCUUGAUUACAACUUAUAUGGAAACAUGUUUAUAGUACUGGAAUAAAUUGCACAACAGUUGGGAGAGCCAAAGUUGUUUGAGUUUUUUGGCAAGUUUUGAAGAAAAUUUCACUGUUCUAGUCACUAAGCUUGUAUUUUCAUAUAAGUUCAGUUAGCAUUUUUGCCAGAGAGUUUUGUCAGCAAAAUAUUGGAAGAUAAUAUCCAUUUAGGGACUCUAGCUGGAGGUUUUUAAUUUUUUUUUUCUUUUCAUGUAGCACUCUAUAGUUUCUUCUAAGAUCUUAGGUGCCAGUGCAUUAAAGGAAUAAAAGACUGUUUAUGAUGUAUUUGGAAGGUAAGGAAAGAGAUUAUUUUGUACCCUACGCUGUACUUUUCUUUUAAAUAAUUUGAAAUGUAAAUUGAUGUUGCUAUUACAAAGUUUAAUUUAUUGUUUAAAAGUGUAGACACCUUUUGAAUGUAUAAUUUUUAUUUUUAUAGCAAUAAAAGCUUGGUUAAUGUUUUCAGUAGAGCUUUCUUGGGAUUUGGAACUGUUUUGAACAAAAAUAUAGCCACCAUUUUAUGCAUAUUGGUAAUAUGGCUAAUGGUGAAAUAAUGGUGAAAUAAAACAUUUUUUAGCUA